AAAAAGUAGAAAUCCAACUAUCUUCCUUAAAUUUUACACAUCACCAGUUAACACAAAAUCUUGGUUGAUUUUACUACGUGUCAAAGAGGAGCUGGAAGGAGUGAAAACCAGAGUUCUUAAACAAUUCCAAAAAUUGGGUUUGAUUUGCAAUGAAAGCGAAGAAAUCCAGCCAAUGUCCGAGCAAAUUUUUUAUUGAUGCUAUCUCUUUAGGAGGUUCUAGCUCCUCAGUUUCUUUUCUAUCCACAAUUUGGGUCCACAUAAGCCUCACUGCACUUUUUGGCCCCAUUUCUUCACCCUUUUCACAUCCAACUACGGACGACUACGUUGUUUGGCGGUAGACGUUGUACUGUUUAGGCCUUGAUCUUUUUUCCCUUCCUUCCUUUCGGCUUUCUCCCGUUUUUAUCCAGGAAUCCCUUAAAAAAUUCGCCUUUUCUUUUUCAUUUUUUUUUUUUUAUCGAAUCUCUUUUGCUCAGUUCUAUACUUUUUUAGCUUGUACUGCUCGAUUCUGAUUCUGACGUAGGUAGUCGGGCCCUUUCUUUUUUUGUCGAAUUUUUUUGUUAUCUGGUUUCUUCGGAAAGGGUUGAAUUCGGGCAGGAGAAUCAGUUUUUGAGUCUGGGUUUUCCGGAUUGUGGCUUGUUAACAAGUGGGUUUUGCUUGAUUCUGCUCUGUGUUUUGGUUGCGAGGAAGAUUUGAGUCCGCUGGGUGUGGUUUUUGUUCUUCGGUGAGUGGUUCUUAAACCUUUGUUGAAGAAAUCUAUUUUUCAUUUUGAUGGUAUAGCUUAUCGAUUGAAGAUGAAUUGGAAGUUUGGGAUCUAUUUUUGAGCUGAAUUUGUUCAGGAUUUCUGUGUGGUUCCAAAGAAAAGGGCUUUUUAUUUUGUCUUAUUUUCUUUAUAAAAAUUACUAGUUACAUUUUCCAUCCGGGUUUUGGCAUCUGGAUUAGGCAUGUCUUGUCUGUUCGUCAGGGAUUUCUGUCUGGAUGUUGAGGAAUUUUAGAAGAAAUAAUUGAAUCAUUUUACAGGGAGGGAAAUUGUGGUUGGAGGUUUGAGGUUGUAAGUAAAGAUGAAGAGGGGUAAGGAUGAUGAGAAGGUUAUGGGACCUAUGUUUCCCAGGCUACAUGUGAACGAUACAGAGAAGGGAGGACCAAGAGCACCUCCAAGGAAUAAGAUGGCCCUAUAUGAACAGUUGAGCAUUCCAUCCCAGAGAUUUAAACCUGGCUCGGUGCCUAGUAAUCCAAGCUCCCCUGCUACUCCUGCUUCUUCUAGCCAGGGGAAUGGGCACCAGAGGAAUACAUAUUAUCCGCGUUCACUACCUCCUCCUGUACAGUCUUCUGAGAAGCAGUCCAGCCUCUAUUAUGAUUCAAGUGCGUCUUUGCUGUCUCAUGAACAGAAGAAGCACUCAGAGGAAGAUGAUUUUAGGGUUCCUAUCCUAACGCAGUUCCUUGUUGGUCAAGAUAGAGGAAGAUCCUUUCUUUCUGGGCCAGCUAUAACUGAGCCUCCAAAGAAGCAGCUCACUAAUGUCGGUAAUGGACCAAGGCAGAUUAUAGCUGUUAGAUCUGUCCCAAGACAAGAAGGAAGGAAACAAAAUGAUGAGAAUAAGGAUGGAGUUUGUGAGCUGUCAAUUGAAGGUACAGAUUCAAUACCUGCCAGUAAAGGCGAAGUUGCUUCGAGGCAGGGUGGUGCUUCUGUUUCUCAUAUUCACGAAGAUUAUGUGCCCAGCAAUGGCAGUAGGUUACCCAAGGCUGGACCACCCUUACAACCAGAGCGUAGAGGUAAUUCGUCCAUUAACAGUCCGGUACUUGUUGAUGGUGUGUACAAUGAAUCUACAAGGUUUGAAAGUAAUGGGGAUUCAGUCCCCAGGUUCGAUAUGGAUCCGGAAGACCAGAGAAUCCAGGAUGAUUCUGAGGUCUGUGAAAACAAGACAUAUAGGUCUUUACCGGCUGUUGCUGCAGAUAGGGAUGGUGACGCUUCUGAGACAUCUGUGGUGGAUUCUGUAUCGGGUUUGGAUAUAUGCCCUGAUGAUGUUGUAGGAAUAAUAGGCCAGAAGCAUUUCUGGAAAGCUCGAAGAGCUAUUGUCAACCAACAGAGAGUAUUUGCUGUUCAAGUAUUUGAAUUGCAUCGAUUAAUAAAGGUGCAAAGAUUAUUUGCUGGGUCACCAAAUCUUCUGGUUGAGGACUCAACUUACUUGGGAAAACCAAUCAAGGGAUCUGCUCCAAAGAAACUCUCUAUAGAGUAUGCUGUCAAGGGAGUUCCAAAUGUUUCCAAACAUCAUAAUGAUUCUGAGAAGCAGAAUUAUAAGAUAGAAGGCUCAGCAGAAAAUACUGUUGGCAAGAAUUCUCUUUCUUCGGUACAAAAUAAUAAUCAGCCGCCAAGCUAUAAUCAGUUGGUAGCGAAUUCUCCUGCGCCAGCUGCAGCUGGGGAUCAUACUAAAGGUCCUUGGUGUUUUCAUCAACCACAGGGGCAUCAAUGGUUGAUUCCUGUAAUGUCACCAUCUGAAGGACUUGUUUAUAAGCCGUAUCCUGGACCUGGUAUGAUGGCCCCAGCUUGUGGCGGCUGUGGACCUCCAGGGUCAACCCCACCAACGAUGGGCAAUUUCUUCCCUCCGCCAUAUGGGGUUCCAGCUAUGCAUCAUUACCAAGGAAUGGGUGCUCCUCCGUUUCCUUCCCCUGCUGGACCUCCCGGUUACUUUCCUCCAUUCGGCAUGGCAGUGAUGAGUCAAGGAAUCGCUGGUCCACCGGUUGAUCCCAUGACCCACUAUGCUGCAUCUGGUAUGCAUGGUCAGCCACCUUGGUUGGGGAUUAACAACGGCAUUCAACAUCAGAACUCAAGUAAUACUCAAAGCCUGUUGAAUGGGGUAACAAUGGAUGCCUCAAAGUCAAAAGGAUCACUUGAUGUUGGUAUGCAAAUUAGUACUGCAAGUAGUCCAAAUAUGGUAGUGCAGGAGAAUGGGAGAGGAAACACCAGCGAAGGAAGUGGUGUGCUUCCACUCUUCCCAACAGCUCCAAUUGUCGAGUCUCCAACUCGUAAUACCCCACCACCUCGUGAGGUUGAUCACCCAGCUGGGGUGAUCAAAGUGGUUCCUCGUAAUGGCAUAUCGGCAACUGAAUCUGUUGCUCGCAUUUUUCGGUCCAUACAGGAAGAAAGGAAACACUAUGAUUCAGUCUAGCUGCUCGUUAUUAUAAAUCUGAAUCUUAUUGCAGUAUAGGUGCGCCUGUAUAUAUAUGUGUGUGAAGUAAGUCAUUGAGGGUUGCCUUGAGUUGAAUCAUUGUUGAUAACUCGAUAUAGUGUUACCUUUGGGGGUGUUUUAACUUGUUCUUUCAGGGUUUGCAAUUCAGUAGUUAUUCUUAGUUGCCUCGCUUGUCGAAUCAAAGCUUCUGGAUGAGCUGUCUAACAGACACAAAGCUUGUGUCGACAUUGUUUUGUUUUUUGGGCUAAUGUUAGCUUUCCUUUGGCAGCUUAACACCUGCUUAUAUAUAAUGGUUUUGUGGCUACAGCCCUUGUAAGAUGUGGGGUUGGUUAUCUUUCCUGUUCAAUAAAUUUGAGCCAUUUUUUUGAGUUUAUUUAUAAAGAUUGAAAUUUUCGAAUUUCAUUAUCUAUCGCUGUUCUUUGGCCUAAUGGUCGUGUUAACGUGACUUUAACAAAGAAAAAUACUUAACACCCAAUGGAGACUGUGUAACAAAGA